AUGGUUUUAUCGUGUUCCAGGAUGAAGCAGUGUCGUCCCCAGGUCAGCCCUCUCCCCCCACUACUCGGCCCUCGCCAGCUCAUCCCUUACGACUAUCUCCUGCUCACAGCCCCUCGCACUUUUCUCUCUAGUCUUCCAGUCUGUAUAUUAUACACGAUCCUUGGCCUUAUUAUGACUGUUUUAUCGUGUUCCAGGAUGAAGCAGUGUCGUCCCCAGGUCAGCCCUCUCCCCCCACUACUCGGCCCUCGCCAGCUCAUCCCUUACGACUAUCUCCUGCUCACAGCCCCUCGCACUUUUCUCUCUAGUCUUCCAGUCUGUAUAUUAUACACGAUCCUUGGCCUUAUUAUGAUGGUUUUAUCGUGUUCCAGGAUGAAGCAGUGUCGUCCCCAGGUCAGCCCUCUCCCCCCACUACUCGGCCCUCGCCAGCUCAUCCCUUACGACUAUCUCCUGCUCACAGCCCCUCGCGCCUUUCUCUCCAGUCUACCAGAUGAAGCAGUGUCGUCCCCAGGUCAGCCCUCUCCCCCCACUACUCGGCCCUCGCCAGCACAUCCCUUACGACUAUCUCCUGCUCACAGCCCCUCGCGACUUUCUCUCCAGUCUACCAGUCUACAAUACAGUUAUGCCUCGUCUGGCGACCUGUCAUCUGAUGCAGUUCUGCUAGAGCGUGCAAUCCGCUGCAACGACACUGUCCGCGUCAAACGAUUUCUAAACCUCCACCACGAAAAAUUCCCCGUAAAUCUCCAUGGAAGCUUGCUGGACAAGUCCUCCUCUGAUGAUUCUGCCAGUCAGGAUGUUGAAAUUCUGCUUAGAAAAUCGAAAACACUCAUCGACAAGUUGGAGCCGUCGGACCAAUAUUCGUCCUCGUCGUCGUCGUGUCGGUCUCCACUCAUCUCUCCCCUCAUCUUCAGCAACGCUCUCCAUGUGGCGGUGGACCACGGGGCCGUGGAGGUAGCGAGGCUGUUGCUCAAGUAUGGUCUGGAGCCGGACCAGGGGGGCAGAGUCCCUCCGGCACCUCCGUCACCACGCCGGCCCCAGCCACCCUCCCGGCCGUGUUCUCCACAGCCGCACAUCCGCACUCCUUCGCCAAAGAAAAUCAAGUCUGAAUCUUCUACCAAAGAUGAUGCACAGCCCUUGACAGAACUGUCUCCCCAAAAGUUUCUCAAACCUGAGCUUCCUCCGUCCACUCCGACCGCAGCUACCCCCGUCCGUCGGGUCAGCUGGAUCUCCCCCUCGUCACCUACGGAUAUGAGCAAGAAGCGGAGAGCCACUACCAAGUCCUUGCCUCGUCAGAGAUCCUUCUCUUUAGAGCACAACAACCAGCUUCUAGGACCUGGCGGAUCGUGGACGACGGAAAGAAGAAGUGUAUCACUUAAGUCCAGCCCCCUCAUCUCCCCUAGACCACCAGAUGCUGACGCAUCCCCGGCCAAGGUCAAGGCUAUAAUUCCAGAAAGGAGUAUAUUCGCUGAGCUGAGAAGAAGCAGUGAAAUUUUUAAAAGUAUACUGCUGAAUCUGUCAAUGAAAGACGCGGAGCAGCAAGCUUUAGAAGACGAAGAAAAUAAGGCGACUCCAACAGAGCACCAAAUCGACGUAGAAACGCUUUUAGCGGCUCACGAACAGAGAAAGCUCGCCACAUAUCAAACAGAGAGUGGAUUUUCAAGCACUUCGUCGUCAUCCCUUUCUUCCCCGUCGAGGUCGUCACGCAGCUCCCUGAGUAGUCCUGAUGAGGAUGACGACGGUGACGAAGUCCUGGGGAUAGGCUCUCCUACAGUCGUUGGUGGGAAGGAAGGCCCUUUACUGAAGGUCAACCCCAACAUCGAGGCUGACAAGGUAGCGGGGUGGAUGGAGACCUACACCCGACAGUACCUGUUCACCCUCCCCGCUCUGUUCCUCGCCGUCAUCAGAGGCAACGCCACUCUCGUGUACCUGCUUCUCAAGUAUGGCGCCUCCGUCAACUUUCAGGACCGUCUGGGUAACACGGCUCUACACCUGGCUGUGUGUCAGGAGAACGUCCCAUGGGUGUGUGUUCUGGAUCUGCUGGAGCAUGGAGCCAGGAUAGCGGUGGCCAACAAGAACCGUCUGGGUAACACGGCUCUACACCUGGCUGUGUGUCAGGAGAACGUCCCGUGGGUGUGUGUUCUGGAACUGCUGGAGCAUGGAGCCAGGAUAGCGGUGGCCAACAAGGACCGUCUGGGUAACACGGCUCUACACCUGGCUGUGUGUCAGGAGAACGUCCCGUGGGAGUGUGUUCUGGAUCUGCUGGAGCAUGGAGCCAGAAUAGCGGUGCCCAACAAGGACCGUCUGGGUAACACGGCUCUACACCUGGCUGUGUGUCAGGAGAACGUCCCAUGGGUGUGUGUUCUGGAUCUGCUGGAGCAUGGAGCCAGGAUAGCGGUGGCCAACAAGGACCGUCUGGGUAACACGGCUCUACACCUGGCUGUGUGUCAGGAGAACGUCCCGUGGGAGUGUGUUCUGGAUCUGCUGGAGCAUGGAGCCAGGAUAGCGGUGGCCAACAAGGCUGGAGUGACGCCUGCUGAAUGGACCGUCUGGGUCUCUACACCUGGCUGUGUGUCAGGAGAACGUCCCGUGGGAAACCGUCUGGGUAACACGGCUCUACACCUGGCUGUGUGUCAGGAGAACGUCCCGUGGGAGUGUGUUCUGGACCUGCUGGAGCAUGGAGCCAGGAUAGCGGUGGCCAACAAGGACCGUCUGGGUAACACGGCUCUACACCUGGCUGUGUGUCAGGAGAACGUCCCGUGGGAGUGUGUUCUGGACCUGCUGGAGCAUGGAGCCAGGAUAGCGGUGGCCAACAAGAACCGUCUGGGUAACACGGCUCUACACCUGGCUGUGUGUCAGGAGAACGUCCCGUGGGAGUGUGUUCUGGACCUGCUGGAGCAUGGAGCCAGGAUAGCGGUGGCCAACAAGAACCGUCUGGGUAACACGGCUCUACACCUGGCUGUGUGUCAGGAGAACGUCCCGUGGGAGUGUGUUCUGGAUCUGCUGGAGCAUGGAGCCAGGAUAGCGGUGGCCAACAAGGACCGUCUGGGUAACACGGCUCUACACCUGGCUGUGUGUCAGGAGAACGUCCCGUGGGAGUGUGUUCUGGAUCUGCUGGAGCAUGGAGCCAGGAUAGCGGUGGCCAACAAGGACCGUCUGGGUAACACGGCUCUACACCUGGCUGUGUGUCAGGAGAACGUCCCGUGGGAGUGUGUUCUGGAUCUGCUGGAGCAUGGAGCCAGGAUAGCGGUGGCCAACAAGGCUGGAGUGACGCCUGCUGAAUGGACCGUCUGGGUCUCUACACCUGGCUGUGUGUCAGGAGAACGUCCCGUGGGAAACCGUCUGGGUAACACGGCUCUACACCUGGCUGUGUGUCAGGAGAACGUCCCGUGGGAGUGUGUUCUGGAUCUGCUGGAGCAUGGAGCCAGGAUAGCGGUGGCCAACAAGAACCGUCUGGGUCUCUACACCUGGCUGUGUGUCAGGAGAACGUCCCGUGGGAGACCGUCUGGGUCUCUACACCUGGCUGUGUGUCAGGAGAACGUCCCGUGGGAGUGUGUUCUGGAUCUGCUGGAGCAUGGAGCCAGGAUAGCGGUGGCCAACAAGGACCGUCUGGGUAACACGGCUCUACACCUGGCUGUGUGUCAGGAGAACGUCCCGUGGGAGUGUGUUCUGGAUCUGCUGGAGCAUGGAGCCAGGAUAGCGGUGGCCAACAAGAACCGUCUGGGUAACACGGCUCUACACCUGGCUGUGUGUCAGGAGAACGUCCCGUGGGAGUGUGUUCUGGACCUGCUGGAGCAUGGAGCCAGGAUAGCGGUGGCCAACAAGGACCGUCUGGGUAACACGGCUCUACACCUGGCUGUGUGUCAGGAGAACGUCCCGUGGGAGUGUGUUCUGGACCUGCUGGAGCAUGGAGCCAGGAUAGCGGUGUCCAACAAGGCUGGAGUGACGCCUGCUGACUUGUGUUCACCUCACCUCCUAGCGAGGCUGCAACAUCACAUGCUGCAGGAUUGCUGGCAAGGGUUGGGUGAUAAAAAGGAACCCUUCACUUCUAGCAUAGUCUCUGGAGGAUCGAUAUCCAUCGCAAAUGCCAACCGCACAGCCAACAACCCGUCGAGGAUUCUCCGCAAGUUGCGGACGGCGCGAGCAGAGUCUGUGGAGGAAGCUACUAGUUGUGCCUCUGGAGACCAGCAGCUGUCUUCCACAGGCAGCAUCCGCAGUCACGGCAGCACCAAGAGUCCGGAUCUCGGGGCUCAGGCCAUCAACGCCAAGGAGAAUGGAGAUGUGCUAAAAAAGAGAGAUAGUGAAAUUAGGAAAAACAAAUGCAGAAGAAAAACUUGGAGGGAGGCUGCUAGAGAGCGGCAGUAUUCUUCAGUAUCUGAGAAGCAGCCAGUCAGUGCCGAGUCGGGCCGCAGCUUCCACGUGUUGUUGUCAAUGUCCAGUAACCCAGAGUGCCUAGGCUACCUUCUCAGAGGUAUCCUCUCCCAUAUCCCCGGGCUGCUACGUGUCUUGCAGCAGAAAAGUGACGCCACCUUGCAUCGCAGCAUGGCCGCACUCCUCCAUAAUAUAUUAAAGACUGCUCUGGAAGCCUACGGUGAGCCGCUUGCUGGUGGUGAGUCGCUGGACGAUCGUCGCCAGGAGUUGUCUGCCGCAUGUUGUCUGUUACUGCGAGUCUGCCUCAGUCUAAUACAUGGGGUUCAUGACCUGCAGUACACCGCGAUGGUCACAAUCAACAAGGUGAUCGACGCUGUUGUGGUCCAUAGACUGGGGCAUGUCAGGGUGCUUACCUCCACCGCCUUGCAUCACCCAUGCAAUGACAAGAAACAGCCCAUGUGGGAACUGCCCCCGCAGAGCCCAGUUCCUGAGACACCCCCGCCCAGGCCCCGGCCAGCCAAGGUGUCCGCUAAGCGUCUAGGCUCCGUGUGGCGUCACGCUGUCACUGAGCAGCUCGACACAACACGCAAACCUCUACCUAGUGAGGAGCCUCCACAGGAGGAGUGUAUACAUGAUGUGCUGUCAAGUGUUCAUGCGUUGUCUGUGCUCAAUAUUCUACACAAUGCUCUGACCCUGUACAAGAGAGUGAUCGGCAGCAAGCAACAGUGUUCCCCAAGCCAGAGGUGGCGACAUUGCAGCUACCACUGUCUUCAGAUCCUCGCAGCCCGAGCUCUAUUGUUCAUGACUGAGAGUUCCUCAGUGCAGACUCAACUGUCUCAGGAGCCCCAGCUCAGGAUAUUGGCUGCUGCUCUGGAUUCCACACAUGAUCCGCAACUGCUAGUGCUGGUACUGCAGAUAGUUGCUACAUUGGCUCUAGAGCCUCAGCAUCACAAAGCUCUGUUGGAGAACGGUCUACCAGAUGUUCUUAGUCAGCUGUUGCUACCGUCAGAUGAGUGGUAUUACACCAACCACAGUACCAAGUACGCUCGCUAUGUCAAGCAUCAUGUGGCUCGUAUUCUCGUCUACCUUGGUUUUCAACACAGAGUCAACCUGAGGUUCUGUGUUUAUGAUAUACUACAAGAUGAUGUGCCGCCCACUCCUCUAGUAGAGUCAGUAGAAGACAACUACAUCAGCAUGACAUCAGCUCCACCAAGCCUGGUCCUUAGUGCAGACAAAACCAUCCUUGGGGUUUCUAUAGAAAGUGCCAUUAUAAAUGUUCUCAAAAACAUUGAGACAUCAUUAACGCAAGGAACAACGACGACUGAAAGCUCAACUCUUCAUUGGUUUUUGAGUGGUAAUACAUACAGCCACACUUACAAUAAAGCUCUAGUAGAGCAGAAGUUACCGUCGGACCCCUGCUCAACACUGUUUGUACAGACAUUCCUAUCAUGUUUCCCGUGUGUGCUGAACCCAGUAGUGCUGCUGAGGCUGAUGCUGCAUCGGCUACUUACCACCGCUGCUCAUCUGCAGCGGUGGAAAAGCUGUGCCUCUCGCUCCAGCUUCGCCUCAGCGUCGGCUCAUGAGGCACCGAGGUCGCCCCGGUCUCGCGCCUCCUCCACCGACACUGAGCCCAGCACAUUGCGCAAGAGAAGGAAAGUAAACCUGACUGUCGACUGCAACACAGGGGUAUGGGGGCCAGAGCCAGUAGAAGAACCACAACCUCCUCCUGCCCCGCCGCCCCGCCUUCCCCGGCAGUCAUUCCUGCGGGGCUCCAUUGUGCCUCGUGACAGUGUCAGCAGUGCCUCGGGGCUUGGUCUGGAGCCCGCCAUGCAAGCCACUCUCUUUGCCUUCUCUCACAUUCUGCGCCCCGCUCACUCCAAAGACAGUCUGCGUAGUAACAGUAGUGAUGAUUCUGGAGCUGGAAUAUUACCUCUGCCUGCCUUUAACAUUCACCUUCACCACAAGCCUCGGGGGAGCUUUCGCUUCUCCAGUCUACGACAUAGCAACAAACAACGCUCUAAAUCUCAGGCUAAUAUCACAAAGAUAAUUAGAGACACCAAUGGCCGAAAAGAAACCCCAGAGCAAGAAAUUUUAGCAUUUCAAAAGCAACUUCAGAACUUGCCAGACUUUGACUCACCGGAACAUCCACUAACAGGCAGCUCAGACCCGGUGAGAGCCGCAGCGGAGUUCCUUGCUAAGGGACCACACCUGCGGCCUCGGUCCCGCUCCAUGCCAAGGGUAACCUACGAGAGUUCCAGAUUCCUCACACUCCCAGAGGUGGCGUGGCCGACAGGGGGAGGAUCAUUCAGGCUACCCAGGGGUCGCAGUGCAGGUGCACUUGGCUUUCAGACGGAGCAUCAAGGGCCGAUGGGACCCAUGGUGAUCAGCAGCCCUGUAGGUACCCCUGUAGAGGAGCGUAGAGUGUCGUCUGGUAGUGCAGGAGCCCCCGCUGUGGGGGUGACAAGCCGCCGCAGCUCUCUCUCCCCCUCAGACCGCACCAACCGCCGGCGUGACAGCCCCGCCUGCAUACAGCUGGAGAUACCCCCAUGGCACCGAGCCAUUCUUAACUUUAUUGAGGAAUGGUUGAGAGUGUCUCGUGUGGAGAUAGAUCGCAACCCUAUUCUGUGCCGAGAGUUGAGAGACUUCAUGACCAAAGUGUCCACCUGUGGCCAGCCGUACCAACAGUGGUGUGCUGAGCUCAGGCAGGAGUUCCCAUCAUUGGGCAAAGACCCAGACAUUGAAAGCGGAGAUGACCUGGAAGAAACUGACCGUGAAUAUUGCCAGUUGCUGAAGCUGGUAGUAACGGGAGAACUACCUUGCAGCAAGGAGGAGGCCGCGGCGCUAGCUGGCAUACAGUUGAGGAUAGAAGAGUCCUGGGGUCGCCCCACACACCAGAACCCUCUCUCUCCCGACGACCCCAAUACCCUCAAGCCAAUCUCAGAGGACAAGGAGAGUUUUCUUCUGCCCGUACCUUCAUUUGGACCUGGUGGUAACAUCCAGCGUCCUGUCAGUCCUCUAGUCGAGGACACUGAGGGCGAGGAAGGAGAGGGGGAGACGGGAGGAGGUGGUGGGAUUCUCAAGAAGUUCAACACGGGAGUGUCAACCCCCGGAGCUCCGAAGGCGGUCCCGACACAGCCGACUCCGCGGACUACCGCCAACAGCAUCCUCAGGAAGUGUUAUCCUUCUAGUAGUCCUCAGGCACCCUUCCUUCCCUCGGGACAUCUGGAGGACUGCCUCCCUCCCUGCUACCAUGGCGCCAAGACUAUGGCAAAACUUAUCAAGGAACAGAAACGGAAGCUGUUCCACACCUCAGUGUAUGAGUCGGAGAUACAACUCAAGAAGUUGUACAUACAAACAUGCAGACGGCUGCCGGCUCAUGGCUGCAAAGUGUACCAGGUCAAGGAGCUGCUGCGUGGCAAGACUAAGAAAAAGGCUGCUCGGCUGCUUGGCCUCGGACCCGAUAAGAUUGUUCUACUUGACAAUAAGACCAAAAUAUUAGCAAAAUCACAAAAUACUUCAGAUUUAAUCCAGUGGAGGACUGGUGGCGGUCGGUCCCAUGACAGACUACAGUUGGAGUUCCGCGCGGCGAGGUGGAGCUUGGUGGUGUCUUCUGUUACCCACAUGCGUCAAGUGGGCCUCGCUCUAUGGGAGAUUCUUCAGGGGCUCGACUGUACCUUCCUGGAGGAACACACCCUUCUCAGCCGUCUUCCAAACCAAGAUCUGGUGAAGCGCGUCGUGGUGCCACUGCAGGUGCUGCACUCGGCAGAGCUGGAGGAACUGCAGCGACUGUUACACUUCCCGGAGGAGGUGGCGUUGCGGCUAGCCGAUACGGAGAAUGAGCUGUUCUAUGCGGUGCCGCCCAUUGACUAUCUGCGACAAGUCACACUGGACCUCGGUGGUACGCCCACGCAAGCCACAGACACACCCCGCGCAUCUGUGCGCGCCCUUGUCAAGCGCUUUAACGAGGUGAGCUCGUGGGUGACGCAUCUCAUCAUCUCUCAGCCAACUCAUGAAGACCGCAAGUGUGUGUUGUCUUGCAUCCUUCGAGUGGCGCUCUGCUGCUGGAACAUCGGCAACUUCAAUGGAGCCAUGGAGAUUGUCGCUGGGUUGAAGUCCAACAAGCUGAAGCCGUUCUGGUUGUCAAUUACUGAGAAAGAGCCUCUGCCAGUGCUGGAGUUCCUCUCCACGGCGCUCUUGUCUGUUGAGUACGAUAGAGCGCUGAGUCGUGCGCUUGCCAUGCCAGAGUGUAAAGUUGUGCCUUUCUUCGGAGCAUUCCUUAGAGACCUAAGAGACAUUCUGUCAACAACACCAAGCCUAGUUGUGCUGGCCCCGAGUGGCGAGCACACUCAUUUAGAGUUUGUAUCGGAUUACAAUGGGGAGGACCAUUACUUCACGAGGAUUGGUCCUGGUGGUUUGAUCAACUUGGACAAGAUCUACCGUACACAGGCAGUCAUGGACCGCAUUGCAAGCUUCCAUCAGCACUACCACCAUCGAGAGAGAGAUACAGAGACUUUCAUUGAUCAAAUCAGUAUUCACACUUCCAGUAUUGAAAGGUCAUAUCUUUUGGAAGAAAAAGAAGAUGAAACAAGUGAGCAGGACACAUACCAGCCGGUUCAACCUCUGAACAACGAUCAUGGCGUCAGUUUCUUCCCAAUAUCUGCCCCUCACAACAACAUCAACCAUCACACUUUGCAGAUAAUGCACCAUGGAACCACCAUGGUCCACUGGGACGCGGAGGGAGGGUCCCGAGCUUCUCUAGUGUACCUGAGACUGGAGCGCAGUUGUGCCACUCUUACCUGGUCUAGACCCACGUGGAGCGGCCUCAAGACCAGUGGUGCCACCUCCACAGCUGACUACAGUCUCAGUACCAACCCUGAAGAGCUCAUCGCCCCUGGACUGCUCAGUAUGGGGGGUGAAGUAGCUUCCCCUGGGCUGGAGGAGGGCUUCCUGGAACUGUCCGCUGUUAAGGAGAUAACACUGGGUGCUCGAGACAAAGAUAAGGACUUGGACCUGACCAACACACUAAGGCGUUUCAACAUCAGCCAUAUCCCCAUAGACAAGAGCUGUCUAGCUAUAGUGUACGGAGCCAACCUCAGUGACAACCGAGUGCUUUUCCUGCUGUGUCCACCCUCCCUGUGCUGGACAUGGUAUCACGGGUUGUGUUCUGUGGUGAGAGGAUUGAAGAGGCAGUUGCAGCAAAGUGACAGGAGGAUCAUCUGGCUGAAGGAGCAAUACUUGCAACUGUACUAUGAGGAGGGCUGCUGUGGGCCUCUAACAGUGGACGCCAUCAGGGUGUUUGGAGGUAGAGACUGGUCUGACCCUAACAAGAUCACUGGAAUGUCACCACCAGACAAUGGGACCUGCAAACGAGGGCCCUCUGUCAAGUUUAAGAAGAAAAGAUCCAUUGGGAACAUUCAAACUCUUAAGCAAGACCUGGCGUGUAGCAAGAUGGCAGAGUUUGGGGAGCUUGUAGGAGGUGGUACACUAAGGCGGGGGGGGCCAAGUCCCGGUGCCCCGCCCAGCCGUAGCCGCAGCAUCUCCAGUGAGAUGGAAGUUCCCCGCAUCACCAUGCUGGCCCAGAGCCCACACGGGUCAUCUGACCACAUAGACACCUCUAGUCCCACACACCUUGCCAGGGAAAAGAUGAAAACAGAUGUCUUUGCUCAGAUCCGGAAUUUUCGACACGGAUCUAUAACUCACGAAACACAAUUGGAUUUCAAUGACUUUGUUGCCUUAUUUCGAUCAUUCAGCCUGAGAUCCAGAAAGGACUUGCGGGAACUGUUUGAUCAGUUAGCCAUGUCUUGCAGAAGUCUAUCCGACAGCUCUCUCAACGACUCAAGUGCCAAAAACUCACCAGAACAAACAACUAAAGUACCAAAAAUAGGUCUAUUAACAAGGAACAGCUCAGCGGAUCUCAUGGAAUACAAAAGCACACCAAUUCAACAAAAAAAGAAAAUCUUUGAUGCAAUUGCUGCAUCAAGUAUCAUUUCUAAUUGUGCAGGAGUUGAUACUUCCAAAUCUCAAGUCAUUACUCUUGCAAACUUUAUGACUUUUUUAGAAACGAAACAAAUGGAACAUCGCUCUGAAGAAAAAGUCAAAGAACUAAUUCAGCGACACGAGCCAGAUCCUAUUUUGCGCUCACAGAACUGCCUCUCAUUCGAAGGGUUUGCUCGCUACAUGAUGGAUAAGGAGAACUUUGCCUUUGUGAGUGAGCGAGUGAGUCCAGAUCCCAAUGAGAUGGAGUACCCCUUGUCGCACUACUACAUCGCCUCGUCUCACAAUACCUAUCUCACUGGACACCAGCUGAAGGGUGAGAGCUCGGUGGACCUGUACAGCCAGGUGCUGCUGACAGGGUGUCGCUGUGUAGAGUUGGACUGCUGGGACGGAGACGACGGAUCUCCCCUCAUUUACCACGGACACACCUUCACUACCAAGAUUGCAUUCCGGUCCGUUGUGGAAGCUAUCAAUCGGAGUGCAUUUGUCACCUCACCCUACCCUGUGAUAUUGUCGAUUGAAAAUCAUUGCUCGCUCCAGCAGCAAACUCGAAUGGCUCAGAUAUUUCUGAAUGUGUUCGGAGACAAAUUGGUCAAAAACUUUUUAUUUGAAGCCGACUUUGGAGAUGAACCACAACUACCUUCUCCUCUUCAAUUGAAGUACAGGAUUCUGGUGAAGAACAAGAAGCUAACGGCAGAGAUACCAGCCUGGCCAAUACAGAGGGGAGGAGGGGGACGUGCUAGUCAGCGACCCCCACAGUCAGGGGUGGCAGGGACCGGCAGAGCAUCAUCUAUCAUCAGCAACACCAGCGGCGGCAGCGUCAACGAUGACUUCAGUGAUGAUGAUGAUGAUGACGAUGACGAUGAUGAUGAAAAUAUUGAUGUGCAGUGCGCAGGAGGAGCCCCUGUGUGUCCCAGGACAGAUUCUAUGUCUAGUCAUGAGAGUGCACAGAAGACACCAUUGAGAGGUACAGGCAAGUCUCCUGCCGUGCCACAGGUGGAUGUCGACUGGUCUGGCUACCUGGACGAUGAACCCAACAUUCACAAGGCCAAGAAACAGAGCAGUCAGAUAGCCAAGGAUCUCUCGGACCUAGUCAUAUAUGUCCAGGCAAUUAAGUUUCGGGGCUUGAACACAAUCAGUCCUAACAGCUCAGUGAGAUGCAAGCGAGCAGGUGCUGUUGUAGCAGCCACAACAUCGUCUGCAAUGCUCAAGAAGAGCUCUGGCAGCUCUGUGACGCUAGCCAGCUCGGGUUCCCCAGGGGCUUCUAUCCACGUAGUAGCUGAUCACGGGGUACACGCCAAGCGACCCAACAGCAACCACCCAUGCUACCAGACUUCCUCACUCAACGAGAACUCUGCCAAGAAACUGUGUCGCAAACAACCUCACCCUCUCAUGGCUCACACCGAGACCCAGUUGGUGCGAACAUAUCCUGCUGGAAUGAGGAUUGACUCCUCCAACUUCAAUCCUGUGAUAUUUUGGGCCUUUGGUAUUCAAAUGGUGGCCCUCAACUACCAGACAGACGAUGCAGCCUCCCAUCUCAACGCAGCAAUGUUUGAGCAGAAUGGUCGUUGCGGUUACGUACCCAAACCACCCGUCAUGAGGGAGCGCACUCACAUGAUGUACCGCAGGUUUAACCCGUGGGAGAAAGAGUUUGACGGGCUGCAUUCAUCUCACCUGAUACUUAACCUAGUGUCAGGUCAGUACCUCUGUCACAGCACCAGCACUGCUCCAGGCACCAAUAUUGUGGUGGAGGUGGAGCUUAUAGGCAUACCUGUGGACUGCAACAAGCAACGCACCAAGAACCCCACCAGGAACUAUGUCAACCCAAUCUUCAAUGAAACUUUUUUCUUCAAGGUUAUGUUUAGAGAUUUGGCAUUUCUGAGGUUCAAUGUGUUGGACCAAAACACAAACCAUGUGUUGACUCAGAGAGUGAUGCCCCUCAAGUGCCUUCGUCCUGGUUACCGCCAUGUCCGACUGCGGAACCUCCAGAACCAACCUUUGCCUCUCUCAUCACUCUUCAUCUGCUCCAGGACAGAGGAGGAGAGUCUAGAUGGUUCACGAGAGCAGCGUGGCACUAUUCAGGAGGUGAGACCAGACUCAAGUGCUCGUCUGCCGGGAGUUAAGAGACGAAUGUUCUUCCUGAUGGUGUACGGGGUUGUACCUGAUGAGCCCUAUACCAUUCUCAAAAUCACACAGGAGAGUACGACACAAGAGGUGAUCCUGCAGGCCCUAGCCAAGGCUGGGGUGGGAGCAGAACGGGCAGGGGACUAUGUGCUGGUAGAGGAGGUUGCUCGUGGCUGGGGAGGCAAAGAGAAGGACGUCCCUGCAAGCCAACGUGUGCUCGACCCUCAGGAGAGGCCACUGCAGGCUCAGGCCCAGUGGCAGGGUGUGGGCAAGUUUCUUUUAAAGCGUCUCGGAGAUGACCCUAGCUCUCGAGCGUGGUUGUCCUCUAUCCGUUCCACACGCAAUGUAAAGCAAGCCCGCACUUGGGAUGAGGCAGACAAUUUCUUAGUUUGUGUCUACAACGUGUCUCCUGAGAUUCCGUAUGCCAUUUUAAAAGUACCCCUGAGUGCGUGCGCUCAAGAUGUUCUUGCACAAGCAUUGGUGAAAGCGAGGCGGCUGGAAGACCCUGUUAAGUUUGUUUUAGUGGAAGAACUAGAGUGGCAAAGUGGGGGUGGUAGAGUGCAACGAGUUUUACCCGACGAAGAAAAUAUUUUUAGAACUCAGGCUCACUGGCAGACUAUAGGUAGGUUCAUUCUAAAAGAGAGAGAAGUGCGAAAGAGCGGUGCUUUACGACCGGCGUUGGACAGACUCAGUAAAGGUUUGAGUGCAACAUUGAGUGACCCAACUACUACGGCCAAGUCCAAGUUUCCUUUGAGUGGACUCACACGUCGAGGGAGCCGAGAGCCUACCACAAGCCACCGAGAGGUCCACUCGGAGGGGGAGACACUCAGUGAUGACGACGGGGAUCUACUUACAGCCGUGGCCAGGUUAAAAAGGGUUUCUCUGAGAAAGCUCAAAGUCUGGAAGUCAUGAUUGUUAAUAAUCUGCUGCUUGUCUGGCUCUAUCUAGUAACAAAGACAAUACUGUUUGAGCCCUUGUUAUCCCUAGUUUGUAUCUCAAAUUAUUUAAGAAAUGUUGUAAACUAUUUUGAGAAUAAUCACCGACUCUAGUCAUGAUCAAACUCUCUGUGAUACUAUACGUACUAAUAAAAAUGUGAGAAGAUUUUACUACAUACUACUUUUUUAUUUUAGUUUGAAAGGGUACUGCGCUUUAACUUCUG